UAGAAACUUGCAGUGGAGCGGAGUGCGGUGCACAGGAACUGACAGGCCAGCCAGCAGACGCUAAACAGACCACUGGGUCUCACGUAGCACUUCUCCUGGAUUCACCAUCUCUUGCCGACUAAGAAAGACCUGCAGAUGCACCUGAGCAGAAGCCUUGCAUCACCCCAAGUCAACCUGCGCACAAACCCUAGGGGAUGUUUUUUUUUUUGACGGAGCUACAGGUGUUUUGACUAGAAAGACACUUUUUAAGGGGGGAGUCAUGGUGUUGCCUGUCAUUGUGGUUUGUGCAGUGUUCGUGCUAGCCGGGUCGGGACAGGCCCAGCGACAGAGCCUGAGUCGAACCCCGAGGCAGGACGGCUCGACCACCCCGUGGAGGCAGGUGAUCCAGUGGGAGAACAACGGCCGUUUGUUCAGCUUGCUCAACAGUGGAGCUGAAUAUGUUCCAUCUGGAACUGCCGCCCAGGACCGGGAUCACACAAUAGUGGUGGCCGACACUCGCCCUCAGUCGCCCCGAAGGACUCAAGGGGGAAAUGUCCGCAGACAGGCGCCCUCGAGGGGAUCUUCGGAGACGAUCCGAGGGCAGGCCAGGCAUCCUUUUGGCUUUGGGAUAGUGCCUGAUAACUGGAGACAAACUGCAGGUGCAACUGGUGGAACUCGCUUCCAGGGAUCCACCGGGACUCGAUUAAGACAAUCCACAUCCUCCUCAUCUUCCUAUCCAUCAUCUCCAUACAACAUACCGUCAUACCCUCAGUAUCCCGUCCCUCAGCAGCCUGUCUAUCAACCAGUGCCAUUCGACCCCAGUUAUGGAGAGGCGCCAUACCAGAGCUACGAGCCACCCUUUCAGCCGGUUCCAGGUGGGAGUUAUGGCGCUGGAGGAUAUGGUGCUGGACAGGGGUACAUGGGUGGAGGGUACACGGGUGGCGCCCCAAUACUGCCAGGUGGCGCUCCCAUGCUUCCAGGUUCUCCCUCUGAAUUCACAGACGACAGUUACCUAUACUAUCAGUCUUAUGGCUAUGGGACCAACCCUGUGGCGGCCCCACGUCCUGCACAGCCACCCUUUCAAGACGGCCUGGAUCGCAGAUAUACUCACAGUCUCUACAACGAGGACCCUGCCGCUGCAGCCGCUGCAGCUGCUGCUUCCGCCGCCGCCGCCUCCGUCCUCGAAGCCACAGCAGUCCAGUCCGGACCUGGUCCCGGCCAAUCCCCGGUGCACAGUCCUCAGUAUGAGCAGUUCCCACCGUUUGGAAGACCCCAGCCACCCUUCUUGCAGCCCAUCCCAUCCGGAAGAAACUCUCCGAACUCUGCCAUCGAGCAAAGCAACGUCGGGAGCGUGUACCAACAAGAUCGAAGAGGUUUACCCGACCUGGUUCCCGAUCCGAACUACAUCCAGGCUUCUACGUACAUUCAGAGAGCUCGCAUGUACUCGCUUCGCUGUGCUGCCGAGGAGAAAUGCCUGUCAAGCUCCGCCUAUGACCCAGAGACCAAGGACUACGACAUGCGAGUUCUGCUGCGCUUCCCACAGAGGGUGAAGAACAGGGGGACCGCUGACUUCAUGCCCAACAGGCCACAUCAUACCUGGGAGUGGCACAGCUGUCACCAGCACUAUCACAGUAUGGAUGAGUUCAGUCACUACGACCUGCUGGAGGUCAGCUCGGGUCGCAAAGUGGCAGAGGGGCACAAGGCCAGUUUUUGUCUGGAGGACACCACGUGCGACUUUGGACAUUUGAAACGUUACGCGUGCAGCUCACAAACUCAGGGUCUAAGCCCAGGCUGCUAUGAUACUUACAACGCUGAUAUUGACUGCCAAUGGAUCGAUAUCACCGAUAUCCAGCCUGGAAACUACAUACUGAAGCUCCAGGUCAACCCCAAAUUCCUGGUGAUGGAGUCGGAUUUCACCAACAACGUGGUCAGGUGUAACAUUCACUACACAGGGCGCUUCGUGACAACCACCAAAUGCGAGAUAACACAGUCUUGAUCAAGCACUGGAAGAGCGACUAACCACACGAGGUGAUCCUGAGUGCUCUUCAUUGGAAUGUGAACGGAACUCCAUGGCUCACUCAAGUUGUUUGUUUGUCUUUUGUUGUUGUUGUUGUUGUGUUUUAUUGUGCUGUUUUACAUUCCCACAUAGUGAAAUAAGUAGGAUCCACUGGCACUGAUUCAAUAUGGGUUAGGGGUUAUAAGACCAACGCAUACACAUUUUGUCCACGGUUAUUGCCCAAAAAAAUGAUCUACGCGUGUUUUACCAAAGUGACAUUGCCGACUAGUGGCCCGGCAUGCAUACUGCAGCCUUUUCAGUGCUUUUGGUCAGACCCGGUGAAUGUUUGACGACCUUUAAGAAGUCCACAGCAAACAUCUUUAUCGUGUAAACGUCCAGGAACUCAACUCAAGGUGCUCUCUUGUAAACUAGGCUCAUUAUUAUUAUAAUAAGUAAUAAUAAUGUGCAUUUACACUGUCUUCUUUACUACCAACACUGGUCAGGUGGCACAUACGUCAUCUACGCCUUGUUUUUUGGAAGAAUGUAUAACCAAACUGACGCAUCGAUUUACAUGAUGAAUUACUUUUGUUUUGUUUGCAUUUUUUUGUUGGCUGGUUGUAAUGUCUUUUGUGAAGUUGAGCUAUUCAAUGUGUAUUUCAUGGGUUAUUAGAAUGUAUGCGCUGUUGGGAGGGGGUGAAAUAAAUGCAAAAUACCAAACAAA